AUGCCCCCGUCUAGUGGCUCUGAUGGAAGUUCAAGUCCUCGCAAACUGAGUCCAUUUGUAUUUUGGGCUCAAACUUUAAGCAGAAUUUCUCUUCGUGUUAGUUUACAGGAUGUUUCGGCUCCUGUAAUUAAUGCUGAUGAAAAUUCUAUGGAAUUUACAGCCCAUGGAAUUGGUGCAAAUGAAGGUAGAAAUGAAUAUUUCUUUAAAUUUGUGUUCUUCAGAAAAAUUGAUUCAAAUAUUCAAGUUUCAAUGAAGCAAAUGGCAAUUGAAAUUUUGAUCAAUAAAAUAGAGCCUGAAUGGUGGCCAAGGCUAACUCAAGAUUCUUAUAAACCUGCCUGGUUGAAAUUGGAUUUUGAUAAGUUGAAAACAGAUGAUGAAGAAGAGGAUGAAGAGCUUAAUACACCAUCUUAUGAUGCCGAUCGAACUUUAUCACGCAUGCAUCAUCGAAAGAAAAAAUAUCAAACAAGAGUGGAAGAGUUCAGAAAAAUUUACCUAUUCUUGUAUAAUUUAUCCCAAUUCAUUGGUUUUUUGUAUGUUCUAAUUGUUCUCAGCAUCCAUUAUGCUAAAGAUGGUCCAUCAUUUAUGGGAAAAGCAUACCCUAUUGUAAAGAAUGCCUUUAGUUUUUGUCAGUUCUUUCAAAUAUUGGAAGUACUUCAUCCAUUCCUUGGCUACACAUCUGGAAGUGCCAUACCACCAUUUUUACAGGUUUUUGGACGAAUGGUGAUGCUGAUAGGAAUGAUCAAUGGUGAACCUCGUAUACAAUCAAAACCAGCUGUUUUUUAUCUCAUCUACAUAUAUUCACUAAGUGAAGUGUUUCGGUAUCCUUAUUACAUGCUUCGGGUUUAUAAAGUAAACAUUGGUUUCAUUAGCUGGCUGAGGUAUACCAUCUGGAUACCAUUGUAUCCUCUUGGGUUUCUCUGUGAAGGUAUAAUCAUUCUUAGAAACAUACCAUACUUUGAAGAGACACAGAAAUAUAGUGUUUUUCUUCCCAAUCCAUGGAAUAUUUCCUUUUAUUUUCCCACAGUUAUGAGGCUUUAUUUAUUAAUUGGAUUGUUUCCUCUUUUAUACUUUAUGAUGACAUACAUGUAUCGGCAGAGAGUUAAAAUUCUGUGCAGUGAUCGAAACUUAAAAAGAGAUUAGAAUUAAAGUGCCCCAAUGUGAUUUUUCUUGACUUAAUUUUCUGAUAACUUUUCAUCAAUAUUAUGUUUUUACUUUUUGAUACAAAGGUAUAGCCAAUUUUACAUUAUCUUUGUUACAUAUUUUAUUGUCUAUUCUUAUUAGAAUAAUUUCAGACAAAAACUAUGUGUAUAAAUUAUGUUAUUCUUCGUUAAUGUUUUAUUUGAAAGCGCACGAAAAUGCUUGCAAAAGCUAAAAUUACUGUAAAAGUUAGUUGUAAAAUUGUGUACAUUUCACAUAUAACUACAUUUUCAUGUAAUUAUUUAGAUAAGAACUGAUGUAUUUAUUAAACAUCAUUUUAGAAUAUUAUAUUUUGUUUAGCUG